GGGACACAAUCCGUCGCGCUCACGGGAAAGGAAACCGAAAAUUUAAUAAGUACCUUAACAUUUAAAAGUAACUUUGUUCAUUCAAACCUGAACAUUUACAACAUGUUUGGUAGCGGCGGAGGCGGUGGCUUUCAGUUUGGAACACCAACCACAACCACCUCUGGUACUGGUUCAGGAAUAUUAGGCGGAACCCAGCCGGCCACUGGGGGAGGCUUUAACUUCGGGUCAACAGCAAGUUCUGUUCCAGCUGGAUCGUUUGCCAAGGGGUUCAGUCAGGCCACCCCUGCCACUCCAGCUACUGGUUCAUUUGGCUUUGGUGCAACAUCUACCCCUGCAAACACCACAGGCUCCACAAGUGGGUUUGGAUUGGGGGCCACGCCGGGAGCUGCCUCCACUGGGAACACAGUCUUCUCCCUGGGAGGGGCAAAGACAACGGCUAGUACAGGAUUCUCUCUCACUGGCACCACCCCGGCAUCUGGAAGCACUGGAUUUAGUUUCGGGGCCACAGGCUCAUCUGCUACACCAGGAUUUACUGGACUGGGUGGAACCAUGGCAGCUACCACCACUCAGAGUAGUGGGACUGGGCUCCUGUCAGGCCUAUUAUCCGCCCCAGUCACAACUACAGGACCUUCGCUUGGGCUGGCUCUAGGAGGAGGCAGUCUGGCCAGCACUGGCUUCAAGUUGGGUGGUACUCCAGCCACAACCUCUGCCUCUACAGGAUUUUCGUUAGGUGGAGGUCUGAAACUUGGAGGGGCAGGGAUUGCAUCGACAGCAACAACAAUAGCGAGUUCUGGGUUUGGAUUGACGACUGGAAUGACCAGCAGCACAGCUUCCAGUGGUUUUGGGCUUGGUACCUCAACCAUAACUGCACCGACAACAUCUGCAACAGGCUUUGGGCUGCCUGGAUUAGCAACAAGCUCGACAACUUCCGUGGUCCCCAAGACUACGGCCACUCCGAGUCAGCUGAUGACAUACAAGCAGUUGGAGGAUCAGAUCAACAAGUGGAUGACAGAGUUGGAGGAUCAGGAGCGCAUGUUCCUCAACCAGGCCACUCAGGUCAACGCCUGGGACCGUCUGCUUGUGGAGAACGGAGAAAAGAUCACUCAGCUGAAUGGGGACAUGGAGAGGGUGAAGGUGGACCAGGGCAAGCUGGAACAGGAGCUUGAGUUCAUCAAGUCCCAGCAGCGGGAGCUGGAGGAGCUGCUGGUUCCCAUGGAGAAGUCGUUGGAGGCUGUUCCCUGCUCAAGCUUUCAGCAGCAUGCAGAUCUCGAGAGGGAAAACACAUACCAGCUUGCAGACAACAUAGAUGCACAACUGAAAAGAAUGGUCCAAGAUCUGAAAGAAAUAAUAGAUCACCUGAAUGCAUCUUCGAGUUCACAAGACAAUAAUGACCCUGUUCUGCAGAUAACAAAGAUUCUAAACGCACACAUGGACUCCUUGCAGUGGAUCGACACUAACACAGCCAUGUUGAGCAGACGCGUUGAAGACAUCUCAAAACAGAUGGAGAGCCAGCGCAAGGAUCAAGAACGAAACUUCAGACUGGUUUACGAUUGAUGAUUGUGGUGCUUGGAUAGACUGGUUACUGAUGAGAUAUCUAAAGUUGAAGAAUGGCCCCUUUAAUAGAGGUUAAACACAUUUUUUCAGAGAUUGAAAAACUAAUUUUGAUAAAACACAUGUCUGAAAUAACGUGCUGAUAUUUUUACAAAAGAGGUUUGCCUGUACAAUAGUUGAAAGCAAACACAGAGGUGAUUGUUGUUUAUAAUGAUAAAUGUAUGAUAGAAUUGGGAAAGUUUAGGGAUAUGAAGGACAAAAUGAACUUUGUCAUUUUGAAGAAGAAUAAAUAUUUACUUAAA